UGUUCCUGUUCCUCCCGCUUUGUUUGUCUCCCUUCAUUCUCUCCCUGUGGCCCUCGUGUUGAUUUAUCACUUCCCCCUCUGUCCCCUCCCCUUCUGUCCCGAUCGGCUACCCCAUCUGUAGCCGUCGAUAGUUUCCACACAUGCAGCCAUGAGUGGACAGGCGGCGAGUUACUACAAUUCUGGCCCGAACUACGCGGACGGCCAGUACCAGCAGCCGCAACAGCCCGUCUACAACCAGACCGCGAGUGGCAGCAAUGCUCCCGUGGGCGAUCAGAAUUCCUAUCAGUAUCAGGACCCACGAGCGGCCCCGGAACCUAAGCCACCACCGCAAGGCCCUCCGCCGACCUAUAAUCAGGCGGUCUACGGGUUCGACGAAGCGUUCAAGAUCGAAAAGCCCAAGUUUCACGAUAUCUGGGCCGGUCUCUUGUUCAUUGCGGUCUUUCUCGGCUACGUAGCGGUCUCCGGCGUGGCCAUCUACCGAUACUCGAAAUACAAAGGAUUCAACGGCGGAGGCAUAUACGAUUCGGCCAACAACUUCUCCCUCGACACGAACACGCUCGUGCUAUUCAUAUUCGUCCUCUGCGUGGCGCUCGCAUUCUCAUACGCAUACUUCCUCGGAGCCCGCUACUUCCCCAAGUUCUUCAUCUGGGCGACAGGCAUCCUAAACAUCGUCUUCGCCCUCGGAACAGGGAUCUACUACAUCGUGCGCAAGCAAUACGGCGGCGGCAUUGUAUUCCUCAUAUUCGGCGUCUUUGCUAUAAUCUGCUUCAUCAGCUGGAUCCCGCGCAUCCCCUUCACAGCGUUUAUGCUCGAGACCGCCAUCGACGUCUCCCGCAAGUACGGACACAUGUUCAUCGUCAGCGCCCUCGGCGGCAUCGUCGCCACGGCCUUCGCCGCCUGGUUCUCCGUAACCCUCGUCUCCAUCUACGUCGCCUACGAGCCCAGCGGCACAGGCGACAACCCGUCCUGCCCCAAAGGCGCCAGCGGCGGGUGCAGCCGCGCGCGCGUCAUCGGCCUCGUCGUCUAUGUAACCUUCGCCAUGUACUGGGUCAGCGAGUGGAUCAAGAACACCGUGCACACGACGAUCGCAGGCGUCUACGGCUCGUGGUACUACUUCAGCAACUCGCCGAGCGGGAUGCCGAAGGGCGCGACGCGAGGCGCCUUCAAACGCGCAACGACCUACUCCUUCGGCAGCAUCAGCUUCGGCAGCCUUAUCAUCGCGUUCAUCAACAUGCUGCGGCAGGCUUGCUCGAUCGCCCAGCGCCAGGAAGCUGCGCAGGGCAGCAUGGUCGGCAGCAUCAUGUUCUGGAUCUUGGGGUGCUUCAUCGCCCUGCUCGACUGGCUCGUCACGCUCUUCAACCGCUACGCAUUCUGCCACAUCGCGCUCUACGGAAAGGCUUACAUCCCCUCCGCGAAGGACACCUGGACCAUGAUGAAAGAUCGCGGUUUAGAUGCCCUCGUACAGGACUGUCUGAUCGGGCCGGUGCUCACCAUGGGCUCCGUCUUCGUCUCGUAUCUGUGUGCGUUGCUCGCGUACCUGUAUCUGCAGUUCACGAAGCCCGCCUACAACACCGACGGCAACUUCACUGCUGUGAUCAUGGCGUUUGCGUUCGUGAUUGGGCUGCAGAUAUGCCAGAUUUUCAUGACGCCUGUGGGGAGUGGCAUUGAGACCAUCUUUGUCUCUAUGGGGUGGGACCCGCAGGUCAUGAUCAGUGAUCAUCCGGAUUUGUAUUAUCGGUUGGUGCAUUUAUAUCCAAAGGUGCAGCAGGCGGUGCACACUUGAUUUUUAUAUUUUUGUGAUCAUGUGGAGUGGAA